AUGGCAUUGCUGCGGCUUCUCUCCUGUGUCACCCUCAUCGGGACCCACUUUGGCUCUGGGGCCCCUGCCAGUGACCUGGAGCUGAGCAUUACCCCCAGGAUCAUCAAUGGGACAGACGCUGUCCCUGGCGCCUGGCCCUGGCAUGUGUCUCUGCAGUCUCCCACUGGAUUCCCCCUUUGUGGGGGCUCCCUGAUCAACUCGAAGUGGGUGAUCACCGCCGCCCACUGCAGUGUGACGACAUCCAACUUGGUUAUGGCUGGGCAGUAUGACCGACGCUCAUUCAAGGAUGACAUCCAGCUAGUAAAGAUUUCCAAGAUUUUUAGGCACCCCAAGUUCAAGUACAGCAAAGCGGUCAAUGACAUCGCCCUGCUGAAGCUGGUUGUGCCCUUCCACUGGUCCAAGACUGUGUCCCCCAUUGCCCUGCCGAGUGUUGAUGACAUGUUCCGGGCUGGGACCCUGUGCGCCAUCAUGGGCUGGGGGGACACCCAACCCAAUGUCAGGGAGACCCCCGGGAAACUGCAGGAAGCCACCAUGCCGCUCUUGUCCACGGCCGAGUGCAAGCGUUACUUGGGCAACAUUUACAAAGACUCCAUGAUCUGCGCUGGGACCAAUGGUGUCUGCAACUAUGACGGUGACUCUGGUGGCUCCCUGGCCUGCAAGGUGAAAGGACAGUGGAUCUUGGUGGGUGUCGUGUCCCUACUCAGUGAUGUCUGCCCCACUCAGAAUCCUGUGGUGGCCACCCGGGUCACUACAUUCGUACCCUGGGUUCAGAAGAUCGUGGCUCACAAUUGA